AUUUGGGGGGUAAUUUGGCUUUUAGCCCAGGGUUGGAGAUGGUCUUAGUGGUAAAAGUAACUUUUUUCUGAAAGAAUGUUCUGCAGGGAAUACAAAGUAGUUAAUUGGAUAAUGUGAGGAAGAUCAUCUAUUAAAUUAUAUUUUAUAAAUUAUAUAACUUAGUAGUCAUUGAUUGAUUAGUAUUGGUUAACAUGUUUAUAUUCUAUUGGUUACACACAUAAUUUGUAAAUUUGGUCUAAAAAGUUGAUCAAUCGAUUUAAAAUUACUCUAAUAAAAAGGAGAGACUAAUUAGGAAAAUGCGGGUAAUCAUAUUUUAUAGACCAUAUUUUAUAGACUACAUGAUGUAAUAGUUAAUGGUUAAUUUCUUUUAAAAGUUUAAAAAAGGGAAAAUAACCAUGAAUCGCCACCUCAAAUAAGCUACAUAUUACAAUUCAAAUAGAUAAUCUUUCUAACAUCACCAGACUAAUUAACAUGAAUCUUUAGUGGUAAUUACAAUUGAAAAAUAAAAAAAGAGGAAGUGUUAUUGACACUCUAAAAAUCUCAUUAUACACUCUUCAAAAGUGUAUUUUUCUUUCUUAAUAUAGAAAGUUUGAAGUGUAGACUGAAAAUUUUUAAAUGCUAAUAACAAUUCUAAAAAAAAAAUUGUAAACUUUUAUCAAGGCCAACUUUCCUAACUGCCCAUUUAAAGAAAAUUUAAUGAAACUGUAACAAAUGAGAGGUUUGCCAAAUCAGAGAAAAAUCCAAGAAAAUUUAAAAACCCUAGACUGUCCUCAGCUAUUUAUAUUUAUAACACCCAAGAGCUCCUCCGGACUUCUCCGGAUCAACCUGUGCUUAUCUGCACAGUGUGUACUUUGUUCUUCAGAAUUUAGGAAAAUCCCCAUGAUUCUCUCAACCGACCCACCUCCUUCUACAUUUCCCACUUUUUACAGCUAAAAUUUGUGAGAGAUGAGGCAGCUGAGUCGAUCCUCAAACCAUAAAACCAGACAAUUAAUGGAAUUAGAUAAACUCAGUAAGCUCAAAGAGGAGCCUCAUCAUCUCUCUGGUGCUUACAUCCGUAGCCUAGUGAAACAACUCACCUCUUCAAGAUCCACCUUGAACCCCAAUAAGGACGUCGUCCUGAACUGUGACGGUAUCCCAAGUCAAAACACUGUCAAGUUUGGCGAUGAUAAUUUUAGCGAAACCCAGCAACACACCCAACAACCCCACCAGCCUCAACAACACAAAAAACAAGUGAGGAGGAGACUCCACACCAGCAGGCCCUACCAAGAGAGGCUUUUGAACAUGGCUGAGGCUAGGAGAGAGAUUGUCACUGCCCUCAAGUUUCAUAGGGCAGCUAUGAAACAAGCCACUGAACAACAGAACCAACAAGACCAACAACCUCAGGAGCAACAACCACUUGAGCCACAAAUCCCUCGACCUCGCUUAGAACAAGAAGCGAGGAUCAAAUCGAGGAGAAACCCUCGAAUCUACCUGUCAAGCGCGUCGAAUUACCAGGAAACUCCUCCCUUCUCUUCUGAUUUUUCUUACCAAUAUCCAAAUCCAUAUCAAUAUUCAAAUCCUUAUUCUUGGACUCCUUCCACAAUUGCACCUCCACCACCUUAUGAAAAUUUUGAUUUCACACUUCCGAACCAAACCCUUGGCCUCAACCUCAACUUCCAAGAUUUCAACAACAUAAACACAACCCUUUACCACCACACCAAAAGCCCGUCAAUUCACUCCGCCUCCACCUCAUCUCCCUCGUCAUCUUCUUCCCCCACUCUCUCUGCUACUACUACCGAUCCUGAAAUUCUGACCUCAGCUGCAGGAGCUUCUUUCACUUCCCAUAUUGAAGCGGAGGAUGCUUCUGCGGUGGCUGAUGCUGUUGACUCCGCCGGGGUUAUCACAAUCAGUGGCGGAGAUGGCAUGCAUGCAGCAAUGGACGACAAAGAGAUGGCGGAGAUCAGAUCGAUAGGAGAGCAGCACCAGAUGGAGUGGAACGACACCAUGAACUUGGUCACGUCAGCAUGGUGGUUUAAAUUCUUGAAGGCCAUGGAGCUCGGUGGGGGCCCGCAAGUGAAGGAUGAGGACGAUGAUGAUGGAUACCACCAUCCGUUUGAUGAAGUCAUGGAAUUUCCAGCCUGGUUGAACGCAAGUGAAAGCGGAUUUCAGAAUGAUCAUUUGAAUGAUUGCUACUCAGACGAUUAUUUUCAAGAUCCUGCGUUGCCUUGCAUGGACAUUGGAGAAAUUGAAGGUAUUGAUGCGGAGUGGCUAGCCUGAGCAUGCACAAGGAUUGAUGUGUUUUUGUUAAUCAAAUCUUUGGCUCUCUUUUUUUGUUUAUUAAUUCUUUAAAUACUUUCCUUUUUCUUUUUAGUUUUAUUUUUUUCAUCUUUGAGUAUAUAAUAAAGGCAUGCCAAAAAAUAUAUAUUAGGCAGGCCAUAGGGGAAGACACUGGAGGAAGAAAGGAGUAUGCCUUUUACCUCUUUUUUGGGCUUUGAUAUUUCCAACUUUUACACAUCUUUCCUCCAUUAAA